GCAGACGGCGCCGGCUCCUCUGUUCCUCUCGAGGCGACUGCAACAGGUGUUCCUGGGGAGAUGGCGGAGCCGCACAGCGCGCCGGAGCAGGCUGCCGCAGGCAAGAGCCACGGAGGCCUCGGGGGUGGCUACAAGGUGAUCGUGUACGAAAUGGAGAACUUCCAGGGCAAGCGGUGCGAGCUCUCGGCCGAGUGCCCCAACCUGACGGAAAGCCUGCUGGAGAAGGUGGGCUCCAUCCAAGUGGAGUCAGGGCCGUGGCUGGCAUUUGAGCGCAGGGCCUUCCGCGGGGAGCAGUAUGUCCUGGAAAAGGGGGAUUAUCCUCGCUGGGACGCCUGGUCCAACAGCCACCACAGUGACAGCCUCCUGUCCCUCCGGCCUCUGCAAAUUGAUGGUCCAGAUCAUAAGCUGCAUCUGUUUGAGAACCCGGCUUUCGGCGGCCGCAAGAUGGAGAUAGUGGACGAUGAUGUGCCCAGCCUCUGGGCUCACGGCUUCCAGGACCGCGUGGCGAGCGCCCGGGCCAUCAACGGGACGUGGGUUGGCUACGAGUUCCCCGGCUACCGCGGCCGCCAAUACGUGUUCGAGCGGGGCGAGUACCGCCACUGGAACGAGUGGGACGCCAACCAGCCACAGCUGCAGUCUGUGCGCCGCAUCCGUGACCAGAAGUGGCACAAGCGGGGCUGCUUCCUCAGCAGCUGAAGGGCGCCCAGGCCCCAGUGGCCCAGGCCCGCCCUGGGGGGCAGCAAGGGCAAGAAGAGGAGGCUCCAGGGCCGGGGUGAGGGCCUGCCUGGCCACCCUUCCCCAGAAUCUGCUCAAUAAAGCCUGGGGCUGGUCCCCCACCUGC